UCAGGAUUCUGUAUUUAAUUGAACAUCAAUUUCCUAUUCAAGCUGCAUCUUCUAUCUUUGCAUCCAUAACAGAUAACCCCCAUCACUUUAUGAUUCUUUUCUCUCCCAAAAGAGUCAAUAUUAGUUUACAGUUCAAAACUUGUGAUAACUUAUUGACCGACACAUGAUUAGUACACAGUUUAGAAGCGUGUAAUACAUUUUUUAGGAUAAUGGUAGGACUAACCUUAAUGUCUUCUUACCUACAAUAGUAUUAAGGAAACUAUCUAUAAUGACAAUCUUUUUAUUACUUAGACAUGUAACGUAUGUAUGAAAAUAUUUAGAAGUAUUGUCCUAUGAUUUGUAGCUCUUGAGUCUGCAAUUUAAGAUUUUUUUAAGAGUUUAGCUGAGACAUUAGUUCAUGUGAGGUAAAAGUGAUAUCUGGGUGAUGUGUAUUCUAUUGAAUAUUAUUUUUUAACUAAUAUUCUAUUGAUUAUUACAACCUUAUAUCUACAAGUUUUUUUAGAAUAGAAAAGGAAAUAAAUAAUAAAUUACAAUUAAUUAUAAAUGGCAUAAUUUACCUUUAUCCCCUUCAACAUAAUUUACCAUUUCUUUAACAAGAGCCAUAUAGUACAGUUCUCAUUCCUAGAAAGCCACUUGCAUUUUAUUCAUCAAGGAUGUAAUCACAUGAUACCAUUUCAGUGCUCACAAUAUGAUGUUGCUUGCCAGAAUAUUAAUACUUGAAAAUUUUUAAGAAAAAUUUGACUAUACUUGAAUAAGUUAAAAUUAGUAACUACUUAUGUUUAUGCAAGUAAAAAAGGGAUAGGAUCUUUCAGAUCUAUAUAAUGAAGUUCUUUAUUAAGCAAUAACAAUAAUCAAUAAAAUUAUACUGACUUUUUACUUUAGGCCUGUGAAACACCAUAGCAAAUUUCAAGGGCUUGAGAAGACUUAGCUACUUCUAAUUUGAGUCAGGUAUAUAUCAGUUGCAAAGAUAAAAAGAAUAGUGCCUAAAGCUGCACAGUUGAAGGGAUAGCUUUCAUCCCUCAGCUGAACCCUUGACAUUAACUUAGCUUGUUUCAGCUCUCAGUUCGGGGCCAUCAAAUCUUCAUGUAUACAUUGGUACCCUGAAGUUCAUUGGCGUGCCUGUAUUUGUCUUCAUUUGCUUUUGUGCUUCCCAAUCGUAUUCAUUUUAAUGUUGUGAGUUAUGGAUGUCAAAAGUAACUAAUUCAGUCAAGAUUGUGCUUUUACGUAAAACAUUGUGCUAAAUGGUGUUAAUAUUUCACGAUUGACAUCUCAAUAUUGAACAUCCCAUAAAAUCUGACAGGUUUUGUAGGAAGAAUAUUGUCUGACAGGGUUUGAUCAGUGAUUGCUUUCUGUAUUCGCUUCCAGAAUUCAAAUGCAGUUUUUUUUGUUCUAUCCACUUGCAGUCAAACGCAACCUUGAUCAAGCAAAAACUAUACUCGAGGCUCUGAUUAAGAGAGAAGAGAAAAAGAGAGAUGUCAUGGAGAGUGAAGUUAGUCUUCAGAGGAUCCAGAUGAAGUAUAAGCAUGAAACGGAGCUCCUAGAAGAUAGCUUGGCAUUUCCAGGAUUUCCGCCAACCACCUCUUGCAAGUUUGGUUCAAGUGAAGAUGAAUUUAUGGACUCAGAUGAUCAUGCAAACAGCCGUCCACAUGCUCGACCUUCUGCAGUUCUGAAUCCACCUUUCACAGAUUCCAACCUGGGCGUGGCUCCUGCAAUAACCAUGAAGCAAGAUAUUCGGCGGCGUCAUACUCUGCAUGGCUGGCUCCACAAAAUGGACCCUCUUGAACCGGUUUUAUUAUUUACAAAACCUCUGGUUCCAGAUAAGUUGGCAGCAGCAGGCAUUGUACCUCCUUCAGUUUCUUCAACAAAAAAUAGUGCAUCUGGUCCGCGAUUCAAGUUUCAUGGACGAAUUGGUCGGGGGGGACGAAUAGUUUUUGAUAGAUGGAAUCCCCUUAUGCAACACCAAUAGAUUGUGGUAAUUCUUUUUACAUACCACCAAAACCUCGGUCCACAACAUAUAACUAAUUUAUUUUGUUGCUUGGUCCCCCUCAGAGCCACACUUAAGAAUCCCAUUUGUGUAGAGAAUUUAUUGGUGUUUAUUCAGUAGGCAUACAGAAGGGCCAAGUGAAACCAUGGGGCUAGUGAAUAUUUUCUUAGGCCUUUUCAUGGGUGUUUUAUGCCUCAGCGGGAAUUCAAGUUUGUUGUAUCUUUGCCCAAGCCUUCUGGGUGCAGUGCAGUGGUAUAUGUUCUGUUAUGGAGUUUGGAGUCAGGGCUCACUCUCCAAAUUAGGCCAAAAAAGAAAAACUUCCCUGUACCUUGUAUUCUUGUUAGUUUCCUAUUGAGCAUGUCAAAUGCCUUUCUCAUACAUAUGUUAUAUUAUAUAUAUAUAUAUAUAUGUAUAUAUGUUAUAUACAAAUAUACAUUCAUAACAGAAUGCGAAGAAUGGCAAAGAUAGUAUUUCUGGAUCCA